GCAUGAAGGCUCCGGGUCGAAUCCUGCUCAUCAUCCUGGGCUCUUUGGUUUUGUCUGCUGUCUACUUCCUAAUGUGCGGCUGGGCCUGCCUGCCCCUCUGCCUGGCCUCCUGCCUGGAACCCCACCUCUCCACUCAUUCUAGGCCCACUGUGCCAGGACCCCUGCACUUCAGUGGAUAUAGCAGUGUACCAGAUGGGAAGCCACUGGUCCGAGAAUCAUGCCGUAGCUGUGCCGUGGUGUCCAGUUCUGGCCAGAUGCUGGGUUCAGGCCUGGGAGCUGAGAUUGACAGAGCUGAGUGUGUGCUACGCAUGAACCAGGCGCCUACAGUGGGCUUCGAGGCAGACGUGGGCCGGCGCAGCACCCUGCGCGUGAUCUCGCACACGAGUGUGCCGCUGCUGCUGCGCAAUUACUCACACUACUUUCAGCAGGCCCGAGACACGCUCUACGUGGUGUGGGGUCAGGGCAGGCAUAUGGACCGGGCGCUCGGCGGCCGCACGUACCGCACACUGCUGCAGCUCACUCAGAUGUACCCAGGCCUACGGAUGUACACCUUCACCGAGCGCAUGAUGGCAUACUGCGACCAGGUCUUCCAGGAUGAGACAGGCAAGAACCGGAGGCAGUCGGGCUCGUUUCUCAGCACCGGCUGGUUCACCAUGAUCCUUGCCCUGGAGAUGUGUGAGGAGAUCGUGGUCUAUGGAAUGGUCAGCGACAGCUACUGCAGAGAGAAGAGCCAACCCUCGGUGCCUUACCACUACUUCGAGAAAGGACGUUUGGAUGAGUGUCAGAUGUACCUGGCGCAUGAACGGGCACCCCGCAGCGCCCACCGCUUCAUCACCGAGAAGGCUGUCUUCUCCCGCUGGGCCAAGAAGAAGCCCAUUGUGUUCGCCCAUCCGUCUUGGCGGGCUCUGUAGCCCCACUGGCCACCAUGUCUUCGCCAGGCUUCUGUUCCAUCGAGACUACCAUACUCUAC